ACAACAUGGCGGCCGAGAGUGGCAGCGAUGCUCACCUGAGAAGAAGGCGGCGCCGGGACCCAGACGAUCGGGAAAAGACGGAACACGGCGACCGAGAACUGGCCAUGGCGGUGGCGGCGAGCGAAGAAAAUGAGGACGAGAGUGAAGAGCGUUGGGUUGGGCCUUUACCGGUGGAGGCGACCCUGGCCAAGAAGAGGAAAGUUCUAGAGUUUGAAAGAGUCUAUCUUGAUAAUCUCCCCAGUGCAUCCAUGUAUGAGCGCAGUUACAUGCACAGAGAUGUUAUCAUGCAUGUGGUAUGCACCAAAACAGAUUUUAUUAUCACUGCCAGUCAUGAUGGACAUGUUAAGUUUUGGAAAAAAAUAGAAGAAGGAAUAGAAUUCGUUAAACAUUUUCGCAGUCAUCUUGGAAUAAUUGAGAGUAUUGCAGUUAGCUCUGAGGGAGCAUUGUUCUGUUCUGUGGGUGAUGAUAAAGCAAUGAAGGUAUUUGAUGUAGUGAAUUUUGACAUGAUCAAUAUGCUGAAGCUUGGCUAUUUUCCUGGACAAUGCGAAUGGAUAUAUUGCCCAGGAGAUGCCAUAUCUUCAGUUGCUGCUUCUGAGAAGAGUACAGGAAAAAUUUUCAUUUAUGAUGGUCGAGGAGAUAAUCAGCCACUUCAUAUUUUUGACAAACUUCAUGUAUCGCCUCUUACUCAAAUAAGACUAAACCCAGUUUAUAAAGCAGUAGUAUCUUCAGACAAAUCUGGAAUGAUCGAGUACUGGACUGGACCUCCUCAUGAAUACAAAUUCCCUAAAAAUGUGAACUGGGAGUAUAAAACUGACACAGAUUUAUAUGAAUUUGCCAAGUGUAAGGCUUAUCCAACCAGCAUAUGCUUUUCACCUGAUGGAAAGAAAAUAGCAACCAUUGGAUCAGAUAGAAAAGUUAGAAUUUUUAGGUUUUUAACCGGAAAACUCAUGAGAGUCUUUGAUGAAUCAUUAAGUAUGUUUACUGAACUGCAGCAGAUGAGGCAACAGCUACCAGACAUGGAAUUUGGCCGACGAAUGGCUGUAGAACGUGAGUUGGAAAAGGUGGAUGCUGUAAGAUUAAUUAAUAUUGUUUUUGAUGAAACCGGACACUUCGUGCUAUAUGGAACAAUGCUGGGCAUUAAAGUUAUAAAUAUAGAAACAAAUCGGUGUGUGCGGAUCUUAGGCAAGCAAGAAAAUAUUAGAGUGAUGCAACUGGCUUUGUUUCAGGGAAUAGCAAAAAAGCACCGAGCUGCAACAACUAUAGAAAUGAAAGCCUCUGAAAACCCCGUUCUUCAGAAUGUUCAAGCUGACCCAACAAUAGUCUGUACAUCUUUCAAAAAGAAUCGAUUUUAUAUGUUUACCAAAAGAGAACCAGAAGAUACAAAAAGUGCAGAUUCUGACCGAGAUGUUUUUAAUGAGAAGCCUUCUAAAGAAGAAGUCAUGGCAGCUACUCAAGCUGAAGGACCAAAACGAGUUUCAGAUAGUGCCAUUGUCCACACAAGCAUGGGAGACAUUCACAUCAAACUUUUUCCUCUUGAGUGUCCCAAGACAGUGGAAAACUUUUGUGUUCACAGCAGAAAUGGUUAUUACAAUGGGCACACAUUUCACCGUAUCAUUAAGGGCUUCAUGAUUCAGACAGGAGAUCCAACAGGUACUGGUAUGGGAGGAGAAAGCAUAUGGGGAGGAGAGUUUGAAGAUGAAUUUCACUCAACAUUACGACAUGACAGACCGUACACACUAAGCAUGGCCAAUGCUGGAUCAAAUACUAAUGGAUCCCAGUUUUUUAUAACAGUAGUACCGACGCCCUGGCUUGAUAAUAAGCACACUGUGUUUGGACGAGUGACUAAAGGAAUGGAGGUUGUGCAGAGGAUUUCCAAUGUUAAAGUCAAUCCAAAAACAGAUAAGCCUUAUGAGGAUGUCAGCAUCAUCAAUAUCACUGUCAAAUAAAAGGGACGUAACACGA